AUGGGGUACUACGACGACUGCUCACCGAAUAUCUUAAUGAAGGCGUUUAUGGUUCAUCGUGCAGACAGAGCGAUUCGACUUGUUAAGGAAGAUCAGGAGCAUCAACAUGUUUUGGAACAAGAACUUGCUCUUGUCGUUGCCAGCAGAGAUCCUGAUACUACCAAAUGGGCCGCCAAGAUCGGUAAGAAAGAGAAGAAGAUGAACAAGAAGGAGAAGAAACACCUCAUCUACGAAAAAUUCGGAAUCGAAAUCGAUAAAAUGCUAGAGAAUGGUGCUAGUUUGAAGGAAUGUACCGACUUUGCAAUGGCGAACAGCAAAAGGGGCAAGAUACCAGUUCCAAUUCAGAUGAAGCUGGAAGCUGCAUUCCCUCCUCCAGGAAAGGAAUCGUUGGAAGUCCGUGAAAGGGACAAAAUCUCCGACCCGACGGAAGCGGUGGUCGAUGAUCUUGAUGGGACUGCGGAGAUCGCUGAGCUGAAAUCCAUUCUCCUAUCCUCCAUCCAAGGCCCGCCCUCAUAUAUCUCAUAUCAACCACCACCAGUUACAUUAUGUGAAACACGACGUGAGCAAUUCGGCCCAGUCCCGACCAACAUCGACCUGUUACGUAAGGUAUAUGAGCGACGAAUAUUCCGGCCUCCAAGCAAACCAUCCGAGGAAGCAGUGAAGACGUGGGCAGCAGAUACCUGGGAAGUUCUAUACUCAUCAGAAAAUGUGUCUGGCUGGGCUUUCGAAGUUGCGCUGGGUGUGCAUGAGUUGUAUACGAAGAUGGCUGCAGCGCCAGAGAUCUUGAUUGCCAAGCGUGCUGAAUUCGGCCUUAGAUAUGCAGCAGAGACGGCAAAGCACCAUGGAGAGAUGUGUGCUAGAUGUGCAGCUAAAAAUUCUUCCGCAAGAAGCAACUCGGUCAUCUCCAAUGAUCUCAUACCACUAUCGCAAUUGAGUUUGGAGACCACUUCCGACAAGAUCGCUGGAGAUGUGGUAGUUCCGAGUAACAGCAUGUCUCUACAAGAAUCAGCGUCAGCCUCUAAUCAAAACUUUGAUCACGAAGAAGCAGGAGCGUCUCAGAUUAUGGCUGGCAAGGACGAAAAGACGGUCGUGGGAGAACGAGCAGGCGCUACUGAAGAGCCUCCUCCUCCUGUUCCUAUGACUGAUAGGGUGGUUACGAGGUAUUAUUGCCAUACUGCUGGUGAGCGUACUUUGCAAGAGUUCCCACAGUUCAGGAAACUUGCCCGCUCCAAGGUUUUCAGCGAGAGUUGUUUGAGAAUCCAACACUCGUACAGUGCUGGAAGGAUUUCAGUGGCUGAGGAUUGCGCAAUAUGUGUGGUAGAACCAACAGCGGUGAGGAACUUCUGA